UUGGGGGGUCCGUACUGGGACGCGCCUCCUUAACUGGCUUUUCCAUUAGGGUGUCUACAUGAAGGGAAUGGUUUGGUUGUGUGGUUAAUCCUAAGUGGACACUAACCGGACGCGCAGCUGGAUGGCGGCGCGCUUAUAAAUCGGCAGUAAGUUAUUGCAGUUAAAGGGGCCGGGAGUACGACACGGGGACCGAGCUGAGGCACCCACAGGACCAUGGGGAAGUACAGAGUGGGCUUCGACAUCAACACCACCAGGGAACCAGCAUCUCCCCCGAUGGGGAAGUACAGAGUGGGCUUCGACAUCAACACCACCAGGGAACCAGCAUCUCCCCCGAUGGGGAAGUACAGAGUGGGCUUCGACACCAACACCCUCAGGGACCCAGCACCUCCCCUCUCCAGCUUCAAGCACAUGAGCCUUCUGGACAGGAUGGAGUCCCCGCUGAGGAGGCCUCCCCAGCUGCCCCUGAAGGGGGCCCCCACUAGCUCGUGUGGAUUCCCAGACCAUGUGUACCUCCACGCGGCUGCCAUCUUCCAGAAUGCCCACACGGAGAAGCCUCCGUCCCACAGACUGAUCAACUACGGCAAGAAGAGCGCUUUUCCCAUUCCGUAUGUCAAGGACGAGCCGUCUAAGUGCUCUGCGUACGAGCUGGCCUUCAACACUCUCAAGUACCAGGACCUCCUUGAAGAUAUGAUGAUUGACAGCUGUUUGUACCUGUCCCAGUCAUUGCCCGAUGACCUCAUGAGUCUGGUGCUGGUGAUGCUCUUCGACUUCCAGGACAGGAAGUUCCUGCCACGGGAGGGGCUGGCCGGCCCGGCUGACGAGCAGCUCGAGGACGUGCGGAAGGCAGAGAGCUGCCUCUUCAGGUUCCGAACGAAGCUGGCCGCUUCACUGGCCCGGUGCCGCAUCAAGCAUAACGUCCCUUCCAUCGAGUGCAUGCUGCCCGAAUCGGUGAAGAGGAUGCAGGAGCGGGCCAGGUCUCUGCCUCUCUGCGCAUGGGUCAACACACUGAAAAUCAGCCUGGACGAUGCCCGCGGUGGCCUGCAGAGGGCGGGCUUCUCGCCGGCAGAGUCAGCCGGGCAGCGGAGCAGGUUGGCCUUCCGCCAGGACGGGCACUGCCACGACUCGCUGGUCUUCCCAGGCUGCCUGAAAGACACCCUGUACAGGAUGACCCCCCUCCUGAAGGACCGCCAGCUGGUGAUCCAGGACAGGUCCUGCUGCCUUGCCCCCAAUAUGGUGCGGUUCUUUCUGGAGAAGGGCGCUGACGUUCUGGUGGCCGGAGCCAUCUCAGGCUUCACCGUGGCCCACAUGGCGGUACUGGCUGCCCCCUUCUCCGGCCAGGUCUUCUGCUGCUCGGACUCCCUUCCCCCCGCUCAGGGGGACGAGAUGCAGGACAUCUUCUCCAGCAUGGAGUGCAAGAAUGUGAAGCUGAUCCAGGGGAGUUUUUGUGACCUGAGCCCCUCAAACGCGCGGCUCCAGAAGGUGAGAGUGAUGCUGCUGAUGCCUCAGAGCUCUCUCUCUGCCGCCAGCAACCCUGCCGAGAUCAUCCUGCAGGAGAACGGAGACAGACACCUGCUGCAGGACCUGUCCCAGGGAGCCGUCUCACAGACCAAGCUGGACAGCCUGGUGGGCAGACAGGCACAGCAGCUCGCUCAUGCCCUCAAGCUUCCCAGAGUGCGCACAGUAGUGUACUGGACCUGCUCUUCAUACCCUGAGGAGAAUGAGGAAGUGGUCAGGAAGGUCCUGAAGGAGCAACCCUGCAGUGCCACGCUCCAGCCGUACAGAUUGACUCCACCUCCGAUGUCAACAUUGAGCAGCUCAGAUGAGGAGAAUGCAGAAGAGAGGUUCUUUAAGUUGGAUGCUUCUGAGGAAACCAACGGCUGCUUCAUGGCCGUGCUGACCAGAGAGCCAACCCUUGAGGCGAGAGAGACGGUGCAGGAGGUGCUGGCUCGGGCGGCUGCCAAGGGCCUGCUGGGGGGGGUCUCACCGAGCCAGCUCCCACGAAAGGAGAGGCGCAUGUUGCCCCGGGAGACAGUAGUGGCCCGUAGGCCACACCGCUCCCAAGGACCCAUCUACAGCCAGUCCUGCAUAGAGGAAUUCCUGAGCCGGGAAGCCAAGACAAACAGGACCCCCAGUGUGAAGUUGCAAGGCUCCUCUGGAGUGAAAGGCUCAAGUGGAGAGCCCGGUAAACCCAAGCCUCCAUGUAGGUCCCUUCCAGGGAUGCUGCCCUCUAGAGGCAGCUCCAGCCAGCAGUGGAAAAACAUCACAGUGAUCACAACUUCUGCCAGCAAGCGCAAGCCCACUGCUUCCAGCCAGCCAGCACCGAGAGCUCCUCCUAUACCCAGGCCCAGGGCUCGGCUGGAGAUCCUGAGGCCUGUGGCGCUGGUGCUUCCCCCUGUGACAUUCCCCUGCUUCAGCAUGAAGCCCCGGAAGCCCCCGCCUUACAGCCACCCCCGGACCUUUUUCAGCUGGCGGGCCGGCUCUCAUCCGGCCGCAUCCCGCUCUGGCGACAACCUGUACAGAUUGUCAGCCGUGUGGCACCCACGGCCCUGGCUGUAACCAUGGUAACCCAGUAUUGCUGUCAUCGCCAGCAACGCAGCAUGCAAACAUUCCACAGGCGUCAUGGUGACGACAGAAACGUGACAUUUCUGCAGUCCCCCCAGCUGCACGAAAGACACUGUCGACGAUCUCGUCUCACUGAUCUCAGCAUCUGACAUCUUGUGGUUAUUCGUUUUUGUUGCUCUGUGAUUGAUUAUUUUCGUAAAUUGUGUUAUAAUUUGGUGUCAUUUUUUAUAACAAAAAAGUCU